AAAAAGUAGAUCGAGUGCUUAUGAUUCAAACCGACAGACGACUUUCAGCGGGGAAGAUGCACCUGUCACCACUCAUUUUUUUUUGCCCCUUUUGAAAAUGAAAAUCAAAGUGAAGUAAGUGGCUUUGCAUCCGCGUUUAAGUGGAGAAGCGCGCCCGCUCUGCUGACCAAAACAUCGAGGUCACUCAAAAAAGUUUGAUGCUUCCCGAAAAUUGAAGCGUCUCACUUCUCCAAGCCAUGGAGGGCAACAGAGGCACGGUGUGCGUGACAGGCGGUACUGGCUUCAUAGCUUCAUGGCUCAUCAUGAGGCUCCUUGAACAUGGUUACUCCGUCCGGACCACCGUCAGACCCGACCCGGAUGGCAAAAGGGACACGAGCUUCUAAAAUCUACCAGGAGCAUCAGAAAGGCUUCAAAUCCUCACCGCUGACCUCAGUGACCCCGAGAGUUUCAGCCCAGCCAUCAAGGGCUGUGUCGGAGUCUUCCACGUUGCCACCCCGGUGGACUUCGAGGACAGAGAGCCAGAGCCAGUCGUAACCAAACGAUCCAUCGAUGGAGCGUUAGGCAUCCUGAGGGCCUGCCUGAACUCCAAGACGGUGAAGCGUGUCGUGUACACUUCGAGUGCGGCUGCAAUUCCAUUUAACAACUCUGGGGCCGAUAUAUUGGAUGAGGACUCCUGGAGCGAUGUUGAGUCCAUCCGAGAAAUGACGAGGCUUGGAGCUUCCUACGCAAUCUCAAAGACAUUGACUGAGAAGGCGGUUCUUGAGUUCGGAGAGCAGCACGGACUGGAAGUGGUGACGGUGGCUCCCCCGUUUGUCCACGGGCCUUUCAUUUGCCCCAGGUUCGCUGGAUCCGUCAGAACUUUGCUGGCUUUGGUAUUAGGGAACGAGAAUGAGUACUCUCUUCUUCUCGAAGUAGCUUUGGUGCAUGUAGAUGACUUGGCGAGAGCACACAUCUUCCUCUUCGAGCACCCCGACACCAAGGGGCGGUACAUUUGUACCUCGGCCACGAUGACCAUCAAGGAGAUGUCCGAGUUUCUCUCGGAAAGAUACCCGGAGUUUCAGAUACCCUCUCCAGAGUCCUUGAAGGAAUUGAAAGGCCCCAGGUUUUUCCGCCUAUCGUCAAGGAAACUGUUGGACGCCGGUUUUGAGUAUAAGUACAGGAUCGAGGACAUGUUUGACGGAGCCAUCCAAUGCUGCAAAGAAAAGGGGUAUCUCUAGAUCAACCGAAGCCUACGGAAUUCAGUACAUCAGGCUGAACGUAGGAAUGUUCAGAGUACCAGAAAGUGGACAUGAUGCCAUUUAAUGGUAUGACCUAUUUCUUUUCUGACCUUGGCUGAAAAUAGUCCUCUAAACAAAAUGCAGAAAGAAUAGAGAAACAUGGUGAGAAAAUGCGUACCAUGUAUCUAGCACAGCUUGUGAAAACUAAUUUAUCCGAGCGCCAUAUAGGAGAUAGCAAACCGCAUAAAUAAUCUUGGUACUGUAUGUUUCUGUUCUUGUACAUUUGAUAUUGCAGUACUGAGAACAGAAGCACUUAUAGCAUAGAUCAUGAUAUACGUGUGUUUGGUUCUUCGUGAAUAUUGUUGAGAAUUUCUGUUUCCGAA